GGUGACAGUUCGUUCCGGAUUUGCACGGUUGUUUGAAGAACACAGGUAACGCAAACUCCGCUGUUCAGAGCUGCAACGUUUGCCGACGAACACCGCUGUCUGCUUUUUCGGCUUCUUCGAGGCUGUCCCCGCCGCAGUUACUCUACCGGUGAAGGCACGUGACGAGAGGACCCAGUUCUGUGGGCCGUGGAAGCCCGGAAAUGCGUUGGUGUGCCCCUGGUGAAACGAUAGAGAAGCAAAACCAAAUGGAAGUCGGUGAGCCUCCGCAGAUAAGUGGGCGCGAAGCGGGAGUUCUCGCAGGAGCUCCUCUUGGCGCUCGCGAUGGAUUCCGUAGUAGUACAAGCAGUUGUUGUCACGCACUUCGAUUUAGAAGAUCUGGACCGUAUGUGUUUAGUUGUCUUGCUGUGGGAUUAAUUGCCAUUUCAUGCGCACCAGAGAGUUUGUGUUUUGAGGCAAGUCUUCCCUUCCUGUUGGCUGGACUUGCGGGUUCAGAGGCUAUCGCAGAUGGCGGCCCUCUAGCCGUAUAUGCAAGGACUGUGACGGCCUCUGCCCGCGGUGGAACUCACUGGUCCCAGAGAGAGGCUCUUGUCACGGCCCCGAUGCAGGCCAGGCGCUUGGCGGCAGAGGGUGGAAGUGAAUCAGAAGACGAGCAGGGUGUCGCGAGGCCGGGAGAAACCACGGCGACACCCAGCACGCCACUGCCACCGCGGCCGUCUGUGCUGAUGGAGCUACGCUCUCCUUCCACUCCAGGUGGUUCCGAACCAGCCUCGUCUGCGGCCCUGCAGGCGGGGUCUUUGUCUCCUCCCCAAUUAAUUCAGUCACAGCGGAGCCCGACAGGAUCGUCUUCACCGUUACUUAGGACAUCCAUGCAGGAGUCCUCUGAACGGCCUGGAUCACCCUCCACAAAGCCCGGUAGCCCAUCCGGACACGCGAAGAAGAGUCCGCCUCUACCCCUACAGGAACAAGGUCGCGCUGUACCUUCUGGGGAGCAACCUCCUCCGCAGCCGCCUCCACCUCAUUCACCGCCACGUGUGGCUACGGGCAGAGAAAUCCGAGAACGGGUGCUCAGAGAGCUAGAACUGAGACGGGGUUCAGGUGGGGAAACGUCAUCAAGGCUCAGACCUCCUGCCAAACGGCCAAGCGAGGAGGCUCGUGGCUUUGACAGACCGGGGACUACAGGAACUACAGGACCGCAAGUUCGGACCGCGCUAGAUGUUUUGCGCGAGGUGACUCAAGCAAAACAACUAAAGCUCACGGCAGAGUCGUCCUCCAGCGCGACAGCAAGCCCAGCUACUGAGACCGAACGUCGACCAAGCUCCCCUCGACCGACGCCCCCUCCUCUCCCACGUCCAAUGUCGCCUAUCCGGACAGGCAAAGAAAUCAUGGAGAAGGUGAAAAAAGAGCGAGCCCUCCAACGUGCACAAAUGGAAAGACGACAUCGCACAGAAGGCGACGCAACCUCAUCGGUACAAGGACAAGCGCCUCUUAUAGGUCCACGACCACGGCCUAAAAGUGCGCUACAGACUUUUCGUGAGGUGUACGCAGCGAUGCGGUCGCAACAAACCGCACGACAGGUGCCUUCCAGGCACACAUCAACUCCAGCAUCUCAGACGCAUUCACAACCAUAUACGUCUUCUCAUCCCAGCAAGACGUCGUCACCGAGUCGUGCGAGUGCAGGUUUUUUGAGAGGCAGUCAAUUUCUUCAAGAAGGGCAUGGUGGGAAAGGCGCGUCAACGGCUUCUCUACACUCCGAGCCUGGCGCUGCGUCUAUGCCUGGACCUUCGCCUAAAUCCGAACCUCCCCUUCUACCAACACAACACACUGAAUGGCCAAGAGAACGGUUACCCAGCUCGUCCGACCGCGGACGUCGUUCUCCUGAAAGGGGUACCCGUGGACCCCUGGGAGAGCCGUCGCGUGGCAUCGCCAAGAUGCUGUAUGCAGGCGCCCCGACAACAGUUCAGUCUCAUCCCGGAAGUGCGUCGCUUGAGGUACCUGCGGCAUUCGGAAAAGUUGAAGAGGGUCCUCGUAGGGAACCUCAGCCUUUCGCUGGAAUGUUUCCUUUUGCCACCGUCGCACAUACGGCGGCUAUAGGUGGAGAAACUCCGGCAGGCAUGUCAGGCCCCGAUGGAAACGUAGUUCCACAUACUGCUUUGCAGAGAGUGUCUUUGUCUCUGCCCCCGCGGUCCACAGGCACAGCUCCUGAAACGCCAAUGCCUCGGGAACGUCGGCCACGCAAACAAGCUAAGCCCACCAGGUAUUCAGCUUCCUAUGAACCACACCAUCCUAGUUCUCCAGCUCCCACACCCACUGUUUCUGGGCCGCUCAUUUCGGCGUCGACUGGUCACUCGCCCCCGCAGACGAGUUCCUCUGCCUCGCCUCCGUUCCCCUCCCGGAGCAGCUGGCAACCAACAGGUCAACCUCUCCCGCAAAGACUCACCUUACCUGGACAGAGCGUCUUGAGGCAGAUGGCUCCAGUUCCCCCUGCGCCUCGAGGAGGCGGCCCUCCUUUUCCGCCACAAGAGGAACCCUUGAACUUGUGUACACAUGCGAGGAAUCUGCCUCGUCUUCCCCCGGCAUCGGUGAUCGCCCAUCAAUUGGGUGCCAGUGCAGCUGUUUCAGCUCCGGGUGUGAGUCCCAGUGUAGGGUCAGCCCCUUCGGCGUCUCCACCUGUGCGAUUGCCGUCACCGCCAUCGCUUCAUCGCCGGCCGCCGAGUAGUGAACGGCGGGUCUAGUGGGUGGAUGCAUUUGCGGGCAGAAUUUUUGGGUGUUUCGGAGAGAAGGCCAGCAACGGAACAAGUGAAAAUCUCUCCAGUAGGUUAGUACACAUUCCGUCGGCCGGAAAGAUGGGCAUGCAUGCGGCGACACUCGCGAGUUUGUUAGAAGAUGUGUGUGAGGUCUCACGUUCUCCACGUUUGCCCUUCCUUUCAGUUUGAGUCGACGUCAUGGCGGGUUCACUGAGCUCAGGUGAACCCUGUGGGUCCGUAGCAGCUUCAGAGUCUACAAGUUUAAACAAGAGUGCAUGUGCGUCGCGCAUUAGGCCACUUUGUGCCAUAUUGGUAUUUAUUCAGUGAAGAAGACAGACGUUGCAGCACAAAGUGCCGCUGUCUCAGAGAGGCGCACAUGUGCUCUGACUCAGAAGCGAAAGGCAGGAAGGCCCACCAAUCAGAUAAGAGCUGAAGCUACACUCCCUGUUACGCAUUCCCGGAUGGGGUGUUUUUACAUAGGUAAGCGUGGAACGUCGUACGGACAUGCACUUCAGUGCCUUGUGAACUCCUUGGCUACUUCCAAAAGCAUCGGUGGUGUCACAAGGCUUCCAUUCUCGGAACUGUUUACGCAAAAAAUACCGCAGAAGGUAUUUAUUCUUAAGAGCGUAACUCCCGACACGUUGUGCCCGCACCUCGGCGUGUGAGUCAGUGACUGCGCAGCCCAGUCACCAGGCUAGCACGACUCAAACCUCACUGAUUAGAAACGGAAAACCGACAGAAGGCAGCAUCAGUUGAGCAGGACAGCAAACGCGAAUCACGGAGAAAGAAUGCCAGAGUGUUUCUUGGUACCGAGCAGCAGAGGUAGAUUGGCACUGCUUCAAGAGCGCUCCGAUAGUGGCUGCAUGGCCAGCAUGCAGGCUGCGUUCUUGAAUUUCGCGACGCGGCAG